AUGAAUGCUACCUCAGUGAACCAGUCAGACUGCCCCGAGGUGCAGGUCCCAGUGUCUGUCUUCUUCACCAUUGGAGUAAUGAGCCUGACUGAGAACUUCCUGGUUGUGGUGGCCGUCAUACGGAACAGAAACCUCCACUCCCCCAUGUACUGCUUCAUCUGCAGCCUGGCGACCUUCAACACUAUCGCCAGCCUCACCAAAACCUGGGAGACACUGAUGAUUGCCAUAGCUGAUGUGGGGCACCUGAAGAAGACAGGGUCCUCCGAAACCAGUCUGGAUGAUGUGAUGGACUCCCUGCUGUGCAUGUCAUUCGUGGGCUCUUUUUUCAGUUUCCUGGCCAUUGCUGUAGACCGCUACAUCACCAUAUUUCAUGCACUCCGAUACCACAACAUCAUGACGAUGCGGCGCACUGGGGCCAUCCUGGGGGUCAUCUGGAUGACAUGCGGGGUGUUGGCUGUGCUGAUGGUGAAGUUCUUCGACUUCAAGGUCAUCAUGAUGUGCUUCGUCACCGUGUUCAUUGUCUCCUUGGUGAUUAUUUGCUUCCUCUACGCCUACAUGUUCAUGUUAGCCCGCAUCCAUGCCAGAAAGAUUGCAGCUCUCCCUGCCGGUGACAGCGGCAGGUGUCGGCACCAUCGGAGGUGGGGCAGCAACAUGAGAGGAGCCCUGACUCUCACCAUCCUGUCUGGAGCGUUCAUGGUGUGUUGCGCGCCGUUCUUCCUCCACCUCAGCAUCAUGACGGUGUGCCCCAUGAACCCAUACUGUGAGUGUUACCGAUCGCUGUUCCAGCUGCACGUGGUGCUGCUGAUGAGCCACGCCCUCAUCGACCCAGCCAUCUACGCCUUCCGCAGUGCCGAGCUCAGGCACACUUUCAGGAAGAUGCUGCUUUGUUCAGACUGGAAGCUGUGUUCAUAA